AUGUCCUGGUCCAUAAAUAAACUUAUACAUACACAAAGAUCAUUAAAAUGGCAAAAGAUAGAAGUAGCAUCUAUCUGGAACGAAUUGGAUAGAGUUAAAACUAUUCGUCAUCGUACAUUUUCUAUUUGGCCUCAUCCAGCAUUAUUUCGUUCUCGAAUGAUUGACGCUGGAUUUUUUGGUUGUAAUGUUGGCGAUAGAGUUAUUUGUAUUUAUUGUGAUCUUAUAUGUCAACAUUGGAAUAUUGAAACAGAUGAUCCAUGUGAAGUACACAAAAUUCUUUCACCAAAUUGUGUACUUGUCAAAUCUAUAUUUCACUGUGAUUCAUUACAUCACAAUCAUAUUGUAUCCACCGUACCAAGUUACAUUGAUUAUGUAGAUCCUAAAAAACGUUCAGCAUCAUUUUGUACUUGGUAUAAGAAAGGAUUUCCAUCGACAGACAAACUUGUUGAUGCAGGUUUCUUCUUCAAUGGUUCUAAAAUAAUUUGUUUCUAUUGUAAUGGUUCAUUCGAUAAUUGGGAAUUAAAUAAUCAUCCAAUCGCUGAACAUGUACGAUGGUUUCCAUAUUGUAAUUAUGCUAGACAAUUAUGUGGUGAAGACUUAUAUCAUAAAAUUCAACGAGCAAUAAAACAUAUGUCAGAAAAUGUUAGAACCAGUGAAUUUAAAAAUGAUCAUCAUCGAUCGAGUAUACUUGAUGAUAGUUUACUCUUAAGACUCGUUGCUGAUUAUCUUGAUUUACCUGUUUCGAUAUAUUUAUUAGAAGUGAAAAAAAUUGAACGAUCAAUUGUUGAACGAUGUUUGAAAGAUCAACUUCAACACAGAUACUAUGAUUUUAUUGAUGGUUGUGAUUUAUCUAUUAGAUGUGAAAUUAUCAAAAAACAGAUUGAACAUAUUGAGAUCAAGAAGAAAGAUGUUGUUAUUCCAAGUAUUGCAUUGAAAGAGCUUUAUCAGAACAGACAACAAUCUUGCAAUGGUGAACAAUCAUCGUUAUUUUACGUAUGGAAUAACACAAAUCAAUCGUAUCCUGAAAUAUUAAAAUCAUUUGAAGAUAAUCUUCAAAGUUACAAAAGAAGUCGACAAAAAUUGGGUGCUGAAUUUACUGAACAACUAAAUAUAACUAUUGAACGAGAAAAAUCCUUAAAAAAUUGGUCAUGUAUCAAACCAUCACAAUAUGAUUUGACCAAAGGAGGUUGGAUACUAUAUGGUACAGAAGAUUACUCAAAAUGUCCUCAUUGUCAUAUAUAUUAUUACAAUUGGAAACCGAAUGAUAAUCCUUUAGUUAUUCACAAAUAUCUUUCACCAUUGUGUUUAUUUGUUCUUGCACUCAAUCCAUUCAAUUCAAAUCCAAUACCAAUAAGAACAACGAAAGAAAAUUUCACAGAUGAAAAUAUUAUAGAUGCUGAAUCACAACCAUAUGAUGGCCUUGUUCAAACAAGGUAUGAAUCUGUAUUCAUGCUGUCUAAAAGACAAAAGUCAUUCGAAACUUUUCCUGGUGGUUGUCCAAUCAAUGCUCAUGAAUUAGCAAUAUCUGGGUGGUACUAUCCAAAUACGAGUAUAUUUAUCAAAUGCUUCUAUUGUAAACGUAGUGUACCUGCUAUACAUAGCAGUUUACGACCUCAUCCAUAUUUAAAAGAUCUACAUCGUCUUUUUCCAUGUCGUUAUGUUCGGCAAUUGAAUGACAUCGAUUCACAAUUACCGAUACAACAAGUUUCUCAUAAAUGUACAUGGUGUAUGGUUGGAGAAAAAAGACUUGUGGCAUUACCAUGUCGUCAUUUUUGUUUAUGUGAAUCAUGUGGUCUAAUCAAACGCUUAUGUCCACAUAAUACAUUUACAAGGAAAUUAAUUCAAUUACUUGAUAUUAACGAUGAUACUGUCUUAAAUGUAUCUCCUUUAGCUACAAUGCCAACAACUGAUCGUUAUGUUGCUUUACAACAACGGCAACGUGUCAUUGAAAUGUUAUUACAGAAAAUUGAGAUGUUACGUGAACGUUUAACACGAAAAGAAGAUUUAUUACAUGAUUACGAAAACGAUUUAGGCAAAUUACGCCAAGCAGAAAUUUUAUUACGUGAAAAAGAUUUUCUUUUGCAAGAUCUUGAAACUGAUAAACGAUCAAAAGAUGAUGAAGCAUUAUUUCUUCGAAAUACUUUAAAAGAAACAGAAGAUCACUUAAAUCAAGAAAAACGGUUAAAUUCAUCAAUCAAACAUGGUCGAAAUAUUGAUCAACCACAAUCAAAUGAAUUAAUUCGACGAAGUGGUACUUCAACAACACUUCAAAAUCGUUAUUCAACAGAUCCAACAACAAAAGUUCGAACAAUAAAACGAGAUAUGAAUCAAAAAAUAUGUCGAAAAGAUUAUGAAAUAAAAACAUUAAAACAAGAAUUACAUGAAGCUUUAGAUACACUUUCUGAACAGUCAAAUAAAGUUAAACUACUCGAAUUACAAUCGAAAGUAAAACGAACAAAAAUUUUAUUUUAA